CGCCCCCUCCGCGCGCCCGCGUGCCGCAGCCCGCGUCGUCCACCGCCGCGCGCCUCCGCCGCCCCGCGCCGCUGCCGCCGCCGCCGCCGGGCUCGCUGGCUGGCGGGCUGCUGGCGCCGGGCUCCUGCCGGAGGAGAGGACAGCCAGCGCCGCCGCUGCCGCUUCUGCCCGGGCCCGGGUGUCGGCCCCGCCCCGGGCCCCGGCCCCGGUCCCGGCCCCGUGUCCAGCCCCGCCAUGAAGUGUCACUACGAGGCACUGGGGGUGCGGCGCGACGCCAGCGAGGAGGAGCUCAAGAAGGCCUAUCGGAAGCUGGCCCUGAGGUGGCACCCGGAUAAAAAUUUGGAUAAUGCCGCAGAAGCAGCUGAGCAGUUUAAAUUAAUCCAAGCUGCAUAUGAUGUCUUAAGUGACCCUCAGGAAAGAGCAUGGUAUGACAACCAUAGAGAGGCCUUACUUAAAGGAGGGCUUGAUGGGGAAUAUCAAGACGACAGCCUAGAUCUGCUUCAUUAUUUCACGGUUACCUGUUAUUCUGGUUAUGGGGACGAUGAAAAGGGUUUCUAUGCAGUGUAUCGUGAUGUCUUUGAGCUGAUUGCAAAAGAAGAACUGGAGUGUAUGUCAGAGGGAGAUGUUGAGGAUUUUCCAACCUUCGGCGAUUCCCAGAGCGACUAUGACACGGUGGUGCACCCCUUCUACGCCUACUGGCAGAGCUUCUGCACGCAGAAGAGCUUCGCCUGGAAGGAGGAGUACGACACCCGGCAGGCCGCGAACCGCUGGGAGAAGCGGGCCAUGGAGAAGGAGAACAGAAAGAUCCGAGACAAAGCGAGGAAAGAGAAAAACGAACUGGUGCGCCAGCUCGUAGCCUUCAUCCGCAAACGCGAUAAGAGGGUGCAGGCGCACCGGAAGCUCGUGGAGGAGCAGAAUGCAGAGAAGGCGCGGAAGGCGGAGGAGAUGAGGAGGCAGCAGAAGCUGAAGCAGGCCAAGCUGGCAGAGCAGUACAGAGAACAGAGCUGGAUGACUAUGGCCAACUUGGAGAAGGAGCUGCAGGAGAUGGAAGCAAGGUACGAAAAGGAGUUUGGAGACGGAUCAGAUGAAAACGAAGUGGAGGAGCAGGAGCCCAAGGACGGAGUAGAUGGUAAGGACAGUGAGGAGGCUGAGGAGGCCCAGCUCUACGGUGACCUCUACUGCCCAGCUUGUGACAAAUCCUUCAAGACAGAAAAGGCCAUGAAGAAUCACGAGAAGUCAAAGAAACACCGGGAAAUGGUUGCCUUGUUAAAACAGCAGUUGGAGGAGGAGGAAGAACAUUUUUCAGGAGCUCAGAUGGACGAAAAUUUAUUGAAUGCCAAUUCCGAGGAAGAAAUGGAAGAUACACCAAAGCAAAAGCUUUCUAAGAAACAGAAGAAAAAGAAACAGAAAUCAGCACAGAAUUUUGAUGACAAUUUCAAUGAAAAUGGAACUGAAGAAGAAGGAAAGAUUGAUCCAGAAGAGAUUAAGUCAAAUGGAGACAAUGCCAAAGAAUUAGAAAAUAAGCCCCAAGAAAAUAUCUGUAUUACAGAGACCACAGAAGCCUGUGAGGAUCCGAAAAGUGAAGCUAAAAGUGUUCCUAAAUCCAAAGGAAAGAAAACCAAAGAUGUGAAAAAAUCUGUCAAAGUACCUGCUGAACCACAACCAGUGAGUGACAUCCUCAUCAGCUGUGCAACUUGCCACAGUGAAUUUCCAUCUCGGAAUAAACUGUUUGAUCAUCUAAAGGCUACUGGUCAUGCAAGAGCACCUUCAGCAGCGGCAUCUGUAACCAGUGUAACUAGUGGUAGAAACAAGAAAGAGAAGCGCAGAAAUAGAUAGGAAGUCUGUUAACCAAAACCGAACUGAAAUAAUCUAGAGUUAAAAUUUCAGUGAUCUGCAAUUCAUUGCAUUGUGGAAGAUUAUUUUUAUCUUAUAAAGACAUUUUUGUUUAAUAUAUAUUUUUAAACAUUUCACUAGUGAUUGAAUUCUACUUUGCCAUCUGAAUUCACUUGAAUGUUUCAUGACAGGUAAAUAUUAUAAAUGUGUAUCUGGACUUUUUGUGUGAACAGGGAAAUGUACAGGGAAAAUUAAAUUAUUUUGACACAUA